AUGGAAGAAUACCCUUGCCGCGAUCAAGCUGUCUACGGUCUGCUAACCAAAGCCACUGCUCCUCUUCUCAGCGCAGACGGGAGUACCCUACCAAAUGAGAAGACAGACGGUCUACGGCGAUGGGCUGAGGACUUCCGAGGCGUCCUCAAUCGUCCCUCCACCAUCUCCGACGCCGCAAUCGCCCGUCUGCCGCAAGUGGAGACCAACUCCGACCUCGACCCCCCGCCCUCUCUACACGAAACCAUCAGGACCAUGCAUCAGUUCCCCGGCGGGAAAGCGUCCGGAUGGGAAUCUAUCCCUGCUGAGAUCUACAAGUAA